GUGAGAGACAGAGUUCAUGUGAGUUGACUGCGUAGGCGGGCCAGAACAAACGAGCCGAGCUUUCGACUUGGGGCGACUGCGCUUCCACCGGACGUUUGCUGGCUCUUCUUUUGCUUCGCAGGCCCACGCACGAUGUCGUCCGAGGACCGGCGCACGUUCGAAAUGGCCAGAGACGCCAUGGGGUCCGUGCCCGCCGGCUGCUCUGCGGAGGACCUCAUGCUGUUCUACGACCGAUUGGCCCAACAUUACGAGCAGGAUAUUGACCUUCUCGAGUUCCGCGCCCCUGGCCUGGUGGCGGGCCAGGUCGCCGCCCACUUCGGCGGCGAGCGCCAAGCGGCGAUGGUGUUGGACGUGGCCUGCGGCACGGGCAUGGCGGCCAAGAUGAUGAAGCGGGAAGGAUUCCAGCACUUUGUGGGCGUCGACGGCAACGAGCGGAUGCUGGAGCGCGCCCGACGCGGCGGCUUGUACCGGGAGCUCAAGAUGGCCGUGCUGGGGGAGCGGCCCAUUCCCGUUGCGUCAGACGCCUUUGACGUGGUGACAAUUUCCGGCGCUCUGACUUCAAGUCACAUCCCGGCGAAGGUGAUCCGGGAGCUGUGUCGGGCCGCCAAGCGGGGAGGCCUCGUCUGCAUGAGCACCCCGGCGAAAAGUGACAACCUCGCCUACAAGGCGGCCUUGGAGGGCGAGAUGAAGAAAAUGGAGGACGAGGGACUGUGGCGGCGGGUGGAGGUGACCCACGUGAGCGAGUUCCAGCGAGGGGUGAGCGACCAGGAGAGGGGCUACGUCCCUGGAUGCGUUUAUCUCUUUCAAAAGCUCUGAGGCGCCCCCGCCACGUCCGCAUGCGUCUUUCUUUCGGCGGCCUUGGCCGUCACGCAAUAAACGCCAUUUCUAUCAA